AUGAACAAUGGUUCUUUGCAUAUGAAAGGCAAUAAUUCUCGAACAACAACAACAACAACAACUUCAUUAACUGAUCAAUCAUUACGAACAUCAUUAAUACGUAAUACUGAUCACGAUACAUCAUUAGAUUUAACUGACGUUUCAAUAUUAUCUGUUGGUCUUAAACGUUAUCAAAAUCAUAAUCACGAAAUGUUAACUGACGAUGAUGAAGAUAAUGAAGUUGUCGAAACAAGUGAUGAUGAAGAUGACGAUGAUGAUGAUGAACCAUUUCCUUCCAAUUCAACAAAUGCAUUAUUAAAUAAUACAAAUAAUAAUGAUGAUAUGGAUCUUGGUUUAAUUGAUCCUGAUACACAAGCAAAAUUAGCUGCUAUACUUGAAGCUACUGGUAUAACAAAUUCUCCUAUACCUGAAGAUUUUUGGCGUGAUCAACAAGUUGUACGUUUAUUAACAAGUAGUGUAACAAAUAAUUUAAAUGGUUUACAUGAAAUAGCUAAUGCUAUAUCACCAUCAAAUAUAAAUUUAAGUGGACAUCAAGAAAAAAAAUCGAAAUCAACAAAUAAAGACACAUCAGGAACAUUUGUUCGUGCAUGUAUGAAUAAUGAUAUACGUACUGUUGAAAAAAUUCUUCAAACAACAAAUGGAAAAGAACAUUUAAAUGAUGUUAAUGAAGACGGUGAUAGUGUUUUAGCUGUUGCUUGUUCAAAUGGUUAUACAGAUCUUGUACGAUUAUUACUUACAACUAUACCUGAUGUUGAUAUUAAUGAUCGAGGUACUAAACAAGAUUGUACACCAUUAAUGGAAGCUUGUAAUGCUGGUCAUUAUGAAAUAGUUGAACUUUUAUUAAAACAUAAUGCAAAUGUAAAUAUGCAAUCAACAUCUGGUAAUACGGCAUUACAUUAUUCAGCAGGAGGAGGUUAUGCCGAUAUUGUUCGACUUCUACUUGAACAUGGUGCUAAAGUAGAAGAAACAAAUGAAAAUGGCCAUACACCUCUUAUGGAAGCAGCUAGUGGUGGUCAUGUAGAAGUUGCUCGAGCACUACUUGAUCAUGGUGCUGGUGUUAAUACACUUUCGAAUGAUUCGAAAGAUAAAAAUGGGAAUGAUAGUAAACAACAUAAAACAGAUGAAAUGCAUACAGCUUUAAUGGAAGCAUGUAUGGAUGGUCAUGUACAAGUAGCAAAAUUGUUACUUGAUCAUGGUGCCGAUGUAAAUAUGCCACCAGAUAGUUAUGAAAGUCCACUAACAUUAAGUGCAUGUGGUGGUCAUAUUGAAUUAGCUUCGUUACUUAUUGAACGAGGUGCUAAUUUAGAAGAAGUUAAUGAUGAAGGAUAUACACCAUUAAUGGAAGCUAGUAGAGAAGGACAUGAUGAUCUUGUAAAUUUACUUGUUUCACAAGGUGCUGAUGUUAAUCGAACAACUGAAGAUACACAAGAGACUGCAUUAACAUUAGCAUGUGCUGGUGGAUUUUUAGAUGUAGCAAAAAUUCUUCUAUCCAAUGGAGCAAAUGUUAAUUUAGGUCAAUCAACUCCUCUUAUGGAAGCAUCACAAGAAGGACAUGUAGAAUUAGUACAAUAUUUAAUACAAAAUGGUGCUGAUGUUAAUCAAACAACACCAGCAGGAGAAACUGCUUUGGCUUAUGCAUGUGAAAGUGGUCAUAGUGAAGUAGCAGAAAUUUUACUUAAUUCCGGUGCACAUAUUGAUCAAGCUGAAAAUGAAGGACGUACACCAUUAAUGAAAGCAGCUAGAGCUGGACAUAUAUGUACAGUGCGAUAUUUAAUAUCAAAAGGAGCGGACGUUAAUCGAGCAACAAAUAGUAAUGAUUCAACUGUUCUUUCAUUAGCAUGUGCCGGUGGUCAUCUUGAUGUAGCUUCAUUAUUACUUAAACAUGGUUCUGAUCCAAAUCAUCUUCUUAAAGAUCGUUCAAAUUGUUUAAUUGAAGCAGCUAAAGGUGGUCAUACAGAAAUAGUAAAAUUAUUACUUGAAUAUCCAAAAAGUGUAACACAACGAACACAAAUAAUACCACCGACAAAUUCUGUUGAACCAUUACAUUAUGAUGUAACGAAUGAAAAUGAUGAAGAAAAAGAUAAAGAACAAAAUUUAACAGUGACUAUGUCAAAUACAUUUCCAUUACCAUCAUCAUCAUCAGGAGAUAAUAAUAAACGAUCAUCUCAAACAACAAAUUCACCUAUACAAUUAUUAAAAAGUCUUCAAAAAAUUGUUCCAAGAAAUAUUCUUGAUGUUCUUCAAACUGGUGUUAAUGAAUCAAUAAAAUUACAUGCUGAUAAUGAUACAAAAGGUUUCUUGUUUAUAUUAAAAAAAAAA